UUCCACUGAUAACAGUAGCCAUAGAUUGAAAGCCACAAAAUAAAAAAAAAAAAUCAUUAACUGUUGAUAGGCAGUGAAUACAUUAACACAUGUCUCCAGUAGAGGAUGGCAGUGUCAACAGAUCUGUGAGAUUCUUAGAGUAAGACAAGAUAUCACUGUUAAAACAGUACAACUUAACAAGCAGUGGCUUUGAUGAUCCUAAACGGAAGUCUAAUUUUCAAGCUCGUCCCUGUGCAAAACGUUGAUAAGAGAGAAUCAAAUCAAAUGUUUGUCCAUUAUUGAGAUGCUGAUGCUGCUGCCUAGUUUACUAAAAGAAGAUCUCCGGUGGUGGUGGUGGUAGCGAGCAGGCAUGGCUACCAAAAAAUGUGUGGGGCUCAUUGUGUGUGGAGUGCUGGGUGUGCUGUUCUUGGCAGCAGGCUGUUCACUGCUGUAUGUCUUUGACUCCAUGAUUCACUCUGAAGUGAAGGGUAAUCUUCCUUUAAAAAAUGGUUCAGAUUCCUUCAAAAAUUGGCAGUCCCCAAGAACUCCAAUCAAAUUUCAGAUCUGGAUAUUCAAUGUAACCAACCAUGAUGAAAUUAUUCAAGGGAGAAAACCCCAUGUCCAGCAGCAUGGGCCUUACACCUAUAGAGAACACAGAGAAAAAAUUGACAUUAAAUAUUUUGACAAUGGGACAGUAACCUACCGGGAGUUGAGGUCUUUUGUGUUUGAUCGUGAGAACUCUGUUGGCUCAGAAGAUGAUACUUACUACACAGUAAACCUGCCUGCUGUGACUAUUAUGGACUUAGUGAAGAGAGAGUACACCGUUCUCAAGAAAGUGAUCAAUGCACUGCUCCUACUUCUGGGGGAGAGACUUUUUAUUCCACUGUCUGUCAACCAGUUGAUGUGGGGGUAUGAGGACAAUUUAUUGAAGACAGUCAAGACUCUGCUGAAAGACUUGAAUGUGAAUGUCACUUUCUCAGAUGAAUUUGGUUUGUUCUAUAAUCAAAAUAACACAGAUGAUGGUCUCUAUGAAAUCUAUUCUGGAAUCAAAUCGAUGGACAACUUUGGGCAAAUUAUUUCCUGGAACUAUUUAGAGAAAUUAAACUAUUGGACUUCUGAUGUUUCAAACAUGAUUAAUGGAACAGAUGGGACUAUAUACCCUCCAUUCAUAGCCAAAGAGGAGACGAAAUAUUUAUUCUCAUCUGAUCUUUGUCGAUCUUUAGGCAUGGACUACACUAAGGAUGUGACUGUGAAGGGCAUAGGUAUGGAUAGAUUUGUCGCUCCUGAUAUUAUGUUUGGUAAUGUCACAGUCAACCCUUACAAUGCUGGUUUCUGCACACCCAAGGACAACUGCCUGCCAUCAGGGCUCCUUAAUGUCAGUGUCUGCCGUUCUGGGGCACCAGUUAUUAUGUCCAUGCCCCACUUUCUUGGCUGUGACCAAGAGACAGUGGACAGUAUUCAUGGCCUGAGCCCCAAUCGUGAGGAGCAUCAGAGUUACAUUGACAUAGAGCCAAUGACUGGUGUGGCCAUGAAUGUAGGAAAAAGGCUACAGAUCAAUACAUACAUACAACAUAUUGAAGGAUUUUCGGAGCUUGCCAACAUUAAAUCUCCAAUUUUUAUGCCAGUGAUAUGGCUAAACGAGAGUGCUGUCAUAUCUGACCAAGACGCUAGUGACUUCAAAUCUCAGCUUCUUGAUAAAAUCAAAUUGACCACAUGGGUCAAGUAUGGUCUGAUAGGCUUAGGUGCCUUCAUGAUACUGUGUGUGGUCGUUAUCCUAGUCAGUUUGAGGCUGAGACAAAUGUGCAGGAGAGAAGAAGAAGUGAUCAACACUGAUGACACUAGGCCUCUCUUGUUUAGUAAUGCUGCAGAAUAGAAGUCUCACCACUGGCUGGAAGCAUUGCACUUCCUGGUUUAACUUUGGUUUAACCAAAUGAACAAUUCCACUAGUUUCAUUCUUUCCUGAUGUGUGUUUUCAUCUAUUGUCAGAAAAGGGGGAGGGGCACUCAGAUGUAAAUAGGUUACAAAUUGAAAAGACAUUAUUUUGUGUAUAAUGUUUUGUUUGUUAGGGGGUGACAAGGCCAAGUUUUAGUUUUUAGUGGCUGGUAAAAAAAAAUCCUUUUUUUUUUUCAAAAGAGCUUUUGUGCACAAAUGUUUAGUGCUUUAUGUGUCUUUGCUGAAUUAAAGUUUGGUUUCAAGUACUUCAAGAGUUGAGACAACUAGUGACAUCUGACUUCAUACAGACCUUUGUGUGUUAUCAAUGCUCUUGUAUUAUAACACUGACCGUUCUAUUGUUUUAAAUUGUAAGACAAUCACAUGUGACAAAAUCAAAGAAAACCUGCUUCUACCAGCAUGUAGAGUUGACUGUAAUUCUCUUUUUUUUUUUUUGUUUUAAGGCCAGAGUUUACAAUUUGCUUUUUUUAUAUACAUAGCAUAUUUUUAUGAAUGUCAUUGUUUUCUAAUUGGUUUUUAUGAUUUUAUAUGUUAACAAUUAUUUAAAUGAUAUUUUCCAUGUUUCGAGUUUCAACAAUUAAUUAACGUCUCCUCCCCCCUUUCCUAUUUGUAUUUUCUCAACUCCCAACAAAACUGUUAUGGGUGUUCACUUGACUGACAAACUGCUGAAACUUUGACUGAAGCAACCUUUGACUUCAUAACCUUUAGGGUUGUUUUUUUAAUGCUUGUAACUGUGUUAAUGUACAACUUUGUUAAGGUUGUGUGCAUUGCUACUGAAAUCUGACCACCACAGGUUGUGUGAACAUUUGUUUAUUCUCACUAAUUGUCAGAUGUCUCCUAGAGUCAGCAACCUGGUGGGGUUUGCAUCCAUCUUGGAAAUCCUGGUUUACUGAAUAAUUUUUUAUUUAUUUUGGUGAAGUAGAUAGCACUGAAGACAGACAUAGUUAACUAUAUUGAUAGUAUUUUCAUGCCAUUUGAACAGAGACAUUAUUAUGACUAAAAACUAAAUAAUGUAGACAAGCCUGAAUGGCCAUUUAAAUUAUUUUUUUUUGUAAAUUAUUAUCUAUUACCUCUUACAAUCUAUAAUCCAAACAGGCAACUUUCAAUAUGUUAAGUUAGCUGUUCAUCACCACUCUUCUGAACACGAGUCAUCUUAUGUGCUUUAGUAGCAACUUGUUCUUCUAAAUAGCAAUAAUCUGAUGCAAAAAACAAAUAUUAACAUUUUGAUGGCUCUGGCUUAUUGAAUGGAAGACAAACUUUGUUCUGUGUACAUUUCAAAAACUUCUCACAGAGUCUGAUCUUCAUUGGUUUCAUUUUAAGAAGGAAAGAUAAAACUUAAGUCUUUGUUUAGUCAGUUUUUUUUUAUUUGAGAGCACAAAAUCAACCCAUAAUUGAAUGGUCUUAAAAACAAAAUUGUUGAUUUUUUUUUUGCAAGCCAUUGUUUCUAUUAUAUUUACUGUAUUGUUUAUUUAUUUUUUCUUAAUUAUUCUGUUUUUUUGUUGUUUUUUUUAUCAUCAAGUUUGUGUGUCAUCAAUGCAAUGUUUUGCUGUGAUGAGCUUGACCUAGAUCUAUGACAUAUUUGUUUUGCUGUGAUGAGCUUGACCUAGAUCUAUGACAUAUUUGUUUUGAUGACAUAAGAAUGAGACAUUGCAUUGAUUUUGUCUAGUUGGAAAAGGUUGUUAAAAUGUAUAAUUGUUUUGGCAUAAUACAAAGCUUUAUUUAAUAGUCCUACUUAGUUCAAGCAAGCAGUAGGCUGUACAGUUGAUUAAUAAUGAGUCUAUUCAAAAAGAAAACCAACUAAGUUUUGCUAACAUAGAAUUAAAAUUAAUUUAUCUAGCACAAAAUCUAUUUUUAUUUAUUUAUGUAAUCUUACUUAUUGUGUGCACAAUGUCAUUGUUACAUUGGUUUUGGCCAUAUAUUAACUCUUUCUCUCCAUAAUUAUUUACCACAUUCUGGUGGAAUCAACGAUUGUAGCGUCCGAAAGAGAGUUAUAAUAUACCAAAGCAAAUUCAGUGAUUAAAAACUGGAGACUUAUAAUUUAAAAGUGUUUAUUGUAUAGACUUAUACAUUAUGUAUCAAUUAUAAUUAUAUAUAAAUAUAAUGAAUUUGCAGUUAUUGUUAUAUUAAUGCUUACAACAAAAAUUUAGAGUAAUUCAAAUGUUGUACUUAAGUUUCCAUGAGAGAGACAUGUUACAUAUCUUGAAAUAAAAACACUUAGUAAAAGCU